AUGCAGCGUUCUGUGCUGGGUGGCCUCCGACCGUUCUCCCCUCUCCGGGCCGAAGAAGCGGCAGUGACACCACAGGAAGGCGAGGCAGCCCCCGUUAAGAAGGAGAAGAAGAAGAAAGAAAAGAAGGAGAAGAAGGCCGCCAAGGCUGAGGCGGAGGACGAAACUCUCACUGCCGGAGGCCAGAAGCUGCACGUGAAGAGGAAGCUGUGCCGGACCCCUCCUAAGAAGAAGGUCUGGACCAUCAUCGGUGAAGGACGUCUCCUGGAGUUCGAGUUCCAGAACGACGAUCUUCUGGACCAUCCUACCUUCGUUACGCCGUACCCCUACGGAGACGAGGACGAGGACGCGGACGAGGUCGCCGAGGCCUUUGCCAACAGAGGCAAGAAGGGGCAACAGGACCGUGGCGACAGCGACGAGUAG